AUGACCACUCCACCACCUGUUUCUACUACAAGACCGAAUGAUGGUUCACUUUCGAAUGACGAUGCUGAAACUGGUACUAAUGUUGCACCUACAUCGUCGUUGUUCCAUUCUGUUGAACGUCUUAUUACACCAUCGUCUACUGAAACAGCUGUUCCUGAACAAGCAGCAGGUGGAUUUGCUGGAACAUUUAAUUCGAUGAAUCCAACACUGGCAGUAUUAAAAGUAACAGCAUUGCAACAAGCUGUAGGGCAUCCAGUCGCUUAUGCACGAGUAUUAAUGCAGAUGGGUUAUGAACCAUUACCGGCUUAUCGUGGAAAAACUUUAUUUGGAAAAGAAUCUUUAUUUUAUCCAAAUGUCUUUCGAUAUCUUAAAUAUGUUUAUAAUAUUGAUGGUUGUACUGGUUUAUAUCGUGGUUUUGGCUGUGCGCUUCUAUCUAAGAUGGUUUGCUGGUAUACGACAACAAAAAUUGAAGAACUUCUUGGACCUGUUGAGCUUACAGUGCCAAACGAUGAAACUAAACCAAGAUGGGACAUAUGCAUAAAGAAGACUUUACGAGAAGUACGAUGUCAAUCAUGGGGAAUUCUUCUUUCACAUCCAUUUCAAGUGAUGGCAAUACGAUCUAUGGGGCAAUUUAUUGGUCGAGAAAAGAUUUAUUCAUCAAUAAAUAUUUUUCAAAACUUUCAAGAAAUCUAUAAUCAUCAAGGAAUUGGUGGAUUUUUUGUUGGUUUAAUUCCUCGUUGGUUACUUGAAAUUGCUACCAUUGUAAUAUCAAAUAUGAUUAUUCAUAUGCUGAAAUUGCAAUUGCCUACUCAAACUGAAAUGAUACCAAUAUAUGAAUACAUUGCUGCUUUUGUUGCUCAAACUUUUACCUAUCCAUUGAGUGUUGUAACAACCGUAGCAGCCGUGAAUGGAAGUGGUCUUCGAGCUGGUAGAUUACCUGUAUCACCUAUUUAUGCUAACUGGCAAGAUGCAUAUAAACAAUUAGGCAAAGCUGAACAAUUAAAACGAGGUUCCAGUUUCUUCAAUCGUGCCGCUAUUGGUAUUCCUGCAUCUGGUACACUACUUCGACAUGCCUAG